AUGAUGGCGGCUUUUGGCGGUACCCCAUUGUUGUACGUGUUCGAUGUGCUGAAUGUGGAGAAGUUACAUCCGUUACCUAAUAAAGAAGAAAUAGGAAUGGUUGUACUGUCCGCUCUUUUUGGCACGCUACUUGGCGACUACCUUUGGCUGACAGCUGCUGGAUUAACGGAUUCACUUUCGGCGUCACUCUCACUAACCCUAGCGAUACCCUUUUCUUUCCUUGCAGACGCUGUUAUCCGAGGUAACCCCCCGACAGGCAUUCAACUCCUAGCCGCCAUUCCAAUCACCGUAUCGUUCGUCGGUGCCGCUUUGGUAGAUAACAAAAAGUCAUCGCAACAAACCCCUGAGCUCCGGCAUUCCGUUGAUAGUGAGGAUUCAGCAGCGUUACUCGACGAUGAUGAGUCCUAG